CCCCCGACUGCACUCGGCUACACUCGUCUACUUUCGAUGCAAGCAGCAGCUCAUCUCAAACUUUCUUUUUUGUUUUGUUUGUAGGUGUCAGAUGUUCUUCUUUGAAUGACCUCUCACCACAGAACCACUCCAAGAUGUUCUUGCAAAUGCAGGGUGUCUCAGGCCUUUGAAAUCCAUAGAAGACAGAGACCUGUUGGUCCAAGACAUUACCAUGUUCCAGGUGGUCCACAGAGUUGCAGGAGCAUUUGAAAGAUUUAAGGAGGGGCUAAAGGUCCUUGGCGUUCUAGAUGCAAUUAAAAUGCAUCCAGAAAGUUUCCGGCCUUUGAUGUGCCACGAACCAUCGGCUCUCACUGCUGACGUAAUGGACCAUCUAUUCCAUAUCCUGCUGUCUGAAGUGGGAAGCAACAAAAGAAGGACAGAGGAAGUUGUGGUACCCUUUUGGAGGGAUUACCUGCAGGAUGUGGAAGAUCAAGAGGGACCACCAAAGUUAGGGAAAAUCCUUGCCUUUGCAACAGGUGCAAGUGUCAUCCCUCCAGUUGGCUUCUCUCCUCAGCCAUCAAUUGAUUUCCUGCAUGGGCAUCCCUCCAGCCCCAAACAGCGUCUGCCCAUGGCGAACACUUGCAUAAACUGCCUGAAGUUGCCGCUGCUUGAGACUUAUGAUGAUUUUAAAGAGUGCAUGGACUUUGCACUAGGUAACACACAGGGUUUUGGAAGAGAGUAAUGGGAACAUUAUGUUCGUUCCAUCUACCUCGUUCAGGAGGUUUCAGCCAGGUUCUUGAAGCAAUGUGAACAACAAUUUUUGUUUUUAAUUUUAGCGAAGUGCAAAAAAACAUUAUUCUUUAAAAGUCACUUUUAUUAUUUAUCAACCAUUGUACAUUGCUUUAUUAGUGCUGACUGAGUAACUGGGCACAUCAUUAAGGUAUUAUGGCCCAGUGGUGCAACAAAUCACAUAAAUAUAUAACUUACUUUCAGUCUGUUUAAAAACAAACAGUGCUUGUUUUGUUACUUUAAGUGUGAACCAUUUCCAGUGUUUACUGUUCACUAAGAACAUUCACCAGAACUAAAAAAAAUGAUAUGCCGUGAUUACCAUCAUCACUCAAAGGGUCAAAUAGUUCUUCAAUUCUGUUCAUCAUGGUUUGAUUAACAUUAAAGUCAUUUACCGGAACCACAA